AUGAAGAUAUAUCAAUUAAGCACAGAUUUGAAAUGGAGAAUUGUGUUUUUACAUAUUGAUGGUUAUUCAAAUCAGAUAAUUGCAAAUAUGUUAUGUGUUAGCAUCUCAACUGUAAGAAGGAUUCUUAACUUAUAUAAAACUUGGGGAUGUGUUGAAACUCCUAUUAAAGGACAGCAAGGAAGAAGAAAAAUCUUUGAUAAGAAGGAUUUAGAAUCAUUGCAACAACUAGUUACUCAAAACCCUGAUUUUUAUUUAGAUGAAUUGGUAGUUGAAAUGACUAAGAAAUCUGGUAAAGAGGUAUCAGUUGCAACAUUAUGUCACUCAUUAAAAUAUUGUGGAAUUACAAGAAAAAAGAUAACAAAAGCUGCAAAAGAAAGAAAUGAACUAGUUCGUGGUUUAUUCAUUUUAAAAAUAGGUAGUUAUUAUUCCCCAGAACAACUAAUUUUUUUAGAUGAGUCUUCAAAAGAUGAAAGAUCAAUAUCACGUUCAUAUGGGUAUUCAUUUAGAAAUCAACCAAUCAAUCAGAAAGUGGUUUUUAUACGUGGUAAAAGGUUUACCAUACUGCCAGCAUUAACUUUAGAAGGAUAUAUUGCUUUGGACAUCAUGGAAGGCAGUUGCACCAAAGAAAGGUUUCAAAGUUUUAUUUUAGCACAAAUUGUAAGUAGUGUAAAUAAUUUAGGUUAUAAAAUGAAUGAAAAGGGAAAAGGAGAAAAAAGUUGUAAUAGAGAAAAGUUUAUUUGUAAUUAA